AUGUUAAAAGCUGGAACGGCAGCAACCACACGAGGCUGUUCCUCUCUUCUUUAUUCAUCAUCAUCACCAUCUUCCUACUAUCGGAAUUUGUUUUAUUCACGAGUAUGGCAUCGGUUUAUGUUUAAAUCAAAAAGUUGGAUAUGGAGGCAUGGAGGAGUUGCAAAAGCUACCGAAGAAGUCAUUUCUGCUUUUUAUCCUCAUUUGGAAGAGUUAUCAAAGAAAUGCGGAAGAGAUUUAUUAUUGCCUUGGUUCAUGUCUAUUUCUCAAUCCAUUUCAUUGGGUGGAUUUUCUGAGAAUAACCGAGUGAAGGAAAUUUAUUUUCAUGGAGCCGAUUACUUUAAAUCGCUAUGGAAUCAUAUCGACCGAGCAAAGAAGAGAGUAUUUAUUGAUUGUUACACCAUAUCCACAGACCAAACAGGAGAUAAGACUUUGGUAAAGCUUAUUGAAGCAGCACAUCGAGGAGUUGAAGUGAUAUUGACUGUGGAUGCUUUCGGAAGCUAUCAUAUUGAUUUUGAGAAGGAAGAUUUAAUCCAAGAAUUAAAAGAUGCAGGUGGAAAAGUUUUAAAAUUCAAUGAAAGGGAUUUAAAGCUUAUUUAUUUCUUUUUCAGACAUCCAAGCAGGUCCCCAACACUUAGAAAUCACAAAAAAGUGUGUGUGAUCGAUGAUAAAAUUGGACUCAUUGGAGGAAUGAACAUUGAAAAUCGAUAUUCAAAUCCGUUCGACAGACAAAUGUACACUGAAGAACAAUUAGAGAGGGAAAUAACUGCAGAGGAAGGAGACAGAGGAGUUUUGGAUGUGCCUCCCGAUGAAAAUUUACUUGACGAACUCGAUGAAUACAUUGAAAAGGGAAGAUCCAACACGACAGAUUUUAAUGUGCUCUUGUCUGGAAUUGGAGACAUGCGUGACUUGCAUUGUAUGGUUGAUGGACCUUGCGUAUCAUACCUCACACUUUCUCUAUUGUUCAGUUUGGAGCAAUCAAAUUCAAAAUAUGGAAAGGAAUUAGCGUUGCGUUUUCCUAAGGAGGAUAUAUGUACUGCCGAUCGAGAAUUUGAACCAGAAUCAUUGCAUGAUUUCAUUGAGGAAGCGGUACCAAAAGAAGUGAAUAGUUCAAUUGAAUUUUCGUCUCAAGCCACAGAAUCAAUGAAAUCUUCAGUGACGGCAAAUUCCACCAUUGACGAAGGACGAAGAUUUUCUCAAGUUUUAUUUUCAGAUCCCAAGAAACACAAAACCGCUCUUUAUAAGAAUAUUUGUAAUGUAAUCAAGAAUUCCACGAGUCAUUGCUACAUUUCUACGCCAUACUUUUAUCCACCUGAAAAGUUACGAGAUGCCUUAAUUACUGCAAGGAAAAAUGGAUGUGACGUGAGGUUGUUAACAUGUGGACGAAGUGACGUUCCCGGUAUGAGAUAUAUCAGUACCUACAUCUAUGAAGAUUAUUUAAAACAUGGUAUUAGAGUUUAUGAAUAUUUCGGAAAGACCCUCCAUGCCAAAUACAUGACAAUUGACGGCUUUUUCACAUCCAUGGGUUCGUACAAUCUCGACAAAAUGAGCCUCGAAACCAAUCUCGAAGUUGGCAUUCAACACUAUGACAUUAAAUUGGCCAAGGAACUCGAAAAAGACUUUAAGCGAGAAUUAGAAGUUUCCAAAGAAAUAUUGAUUGAGGAUUGGGAAAAGAGACCGUUCAAACUGAAAAUGAUGGGAUUUAUUUGGUAUUGGAUUUAUGAACUGUUUGGACCAGAAGGAAAAUUAACAUUCAAAAAGUGGAUAUUUAACAGCAAUAAUAAAUAA